GAGAGGCUAGCGUGAGGAAGGGGCGAAAAUCACUAUCAGAAUGGACAAUGCCGGCGAAAUGUCUGACCAUGAGCAUGAGAGUGAUGAAAUGGAUGAUGACAUUAUGGAUAAAGGUGUUGAGUUUGAUAUCCCUCAAAAUGCCGAACUAAAUGAUGAGCUCAUGCCUGAAAUUAAUAACGAGUCUAAAAGAAAGAAGGUUGUUGAUCUGAAAAAAAGGGCUCCAUGUUGGAAAUAUUUUACACUUCUUACACCGGAAGGUCAUCCAAAACCUAAGGCUGCAUGCAAUUGGUGUGGGACAGAUUAUGCUUGUCACUCGAAGUUAAAUGGUACUAAAUCACUAACUCAUCAUCUAGCGUAUCAGUGUACCAAAUAUCCACCAAGUAAGAAAUUUAUGGGUUCUAGGCAAAAGCUCCUUAGUUUUCAAAAGAAAAAACACAAUGGUGAAACAAGUGCAAGCCUUGUUCCUGUGGCCUUUAGUGCUGACGCUUGUAAAAGGGCACUAGUGAGGAUGAUAAUAAUUGAUAAGUUGUCUUUUCAUUUGUUGAAGGUGAAGGAUUCAAAGAUUUUAUUAGUGUUGUUCAACCAAUGUGGAAUCCUCCUCAUAGGCUUGCGAUGGCAAAACAAAUCAUGGUCAUGUAUGAGGAAGAGAAAAAAACAUUGAAACAUACACUCAAGCAUCAAAGGGUUUGUCUUACAACGGACACUUGGACUUCGGUCCAAAAUCUGAAUUACAUGUGUCUUACGGGUCAUUUUAUUGAUGAGAAUUGGAGGUACCAAAAGAAAAUUCUAAAUUUUUGUGUUGUUCCUAAUCACAAAGGUGAUACUCUUGGUAGGAUGGUUGAAGAAUGCUUAUUGGAUUGGAGAAUUGACAAGUUUCUAACCGUUACGGUUGAUAAUGCAUCCUCAAAUAAUCUUUUGAUUAAAUACUUGGAGAGAAAGACCAAGGAUAGGAAGACCACCAUUUUAAAUCACGAGUUCUUGCAUGUGAGAUGUUCGGCACACAUUUUAAAUCUAAUUGUACGUGAGGGAUUGCAAGAGAUUGAUGUCCCGAUUGCAAGGGUGCACAAUAUGGUGAGAUAU